AUGCAGAAAAAGAACGAAUUAUCUAAUGACAAAAUAGCCAUGAGUAGAGCCAGAUCGUUUAUGACUAGUGCAGACAAAAAAUUCAAAAACGAUUCGGUCAAACGUAAAUCUUUUUUAUCUCACGGAGCUGUAAAUUCAUUAGAUUUGGCUCUAAGCCGAAUAAAGAAGACGAAAUUAGCAAAUGGGGAAUAUUUCUGCACCAGUUCCCAUACAAGUCCAUCGCGGAGAACUGCUCCAGGAGACAUAUUUAUCGACAGCCUCACAAGUGCCAGUAACGUGGACACGUGCUCCAUGAUGUCUAUGAAUUUUUCUCACUACGAGCUCAUGCGUAAUCUUUCUCAGUCGAACUGCAAUUCGGAUACCGCCUUUAGCGCCACCACCUUGAAUGCUGCUUCUGUACCUCGCGACUCGAUGUCCAGAAACGAACAUCUAGAGAGAUAUUUUCGCAGCGUGGAAACGUGGAAAAAUUCCAGUAACCGCGGUGCAAACGACAAAUAG